CCGACCCCUCGUCGCUGCUAGCCUAGCCUUCGUCCUCGGCCCCUCGCCUCGCCCUUGCCGCUCCGCUUUUAUUACCUCGCGAGCCACACGCCUCGCCAUUGCCGCACCAGCCGUGGCUUCCUCCCCCGCAGCCGCAGGGCGCAGCGCGGAGCAAUGGAGAGGCAGAGGAGCUCCUCCUCCUCGUACCACUUCCUGAGCCCCAAGAGCCUCCUCCUCCUCUCCUUCGCCUCCUCAUCCCUCCUCUUCUCCUUCCUCGUCGCGUUCUUCGCCCUCCGCCACGGCCGCCCCUUCCACCUCCUCCCCUUCUCCUCUGCCUCCCUCGGCGCCAACGCCUCCGCCGCGGCCAUUGCCCGGGCGCCGGUUCUUGGUGGUUCCAGGGGCGGCGCAGCAGUGGAGGCCGAAGAGGCGGUUCAUGGGCGCUGGAGCGGGAAUUCGGUGGCGGAGGGGGCCCGCCCCGCGGUUGCCGGAGUGCUGUCGGGUCGGGGCGUGGGCUCGGUUAUGGAGGCGAAAGAAGCUGUUACUGGAGGAGGAAAUGGUGAAACACCCUCGACUGGUGAGGUUUUGGAGGGGCAACAGAUUGCGGAAGGUGGAAACUACUCUCUUGGAGGUCUGGAUUCAAACAUGGAGGUGAAAGAAGUUGCUCCUGGAGGAGGCGAUGGCGACAAAUUAGCGAAAGAUUCUUUGUUGGAGAAGCUAAACUUAGCUGAAGGCAAGAAUCUUAGCAAAGAAGAAGUUGGUUCGGCAACGGAGACACGGUUAGAUGCUGUUAAUGCUUUUGUUUCCCAAGAGGCAACUGCAUCUGUGGAGAAAUUGGAGGGAACAAGUUCUGCGCGUGAUGUCAAUUUCUCUAUGGAAGCGUCUGGUCCUGCAAUGGGGGCGGGAGGCGAAUUCUUGGAAGGUGGCGGUGUGGGAGGAAGUGGCAGUUCCUCUGCACAAGGAGCUUAUGAUACUCAGCAACAGGGGCAAAGGGAAAGCUCAGAUCAUUCAGCGGUGAAGAAUAGCUCAGGAGCAGCUCCUGUCAAUUCAAAUAGGCAGGACCCUCAUCUGAUUGAGGAAGAAGCCGCGAGCAAAAUGGAUUUGGCACGAAGCAAUGCAGUACAGUGUGAUAUUUAUGACGGGAGUUGGGUGUUCGACAAGAGCUAUCCACUUUACACGAGCGAUUCAUGCCCAUUUAUAGAUGAAGGUUUCAGCUGCCAAGCUAAUGGAAGGAUAAAUCAAAGCUACAUGAAAUGGAGGUGGCAGCCUAAACACUGCAAUAUCCCAAGGUUUGAUGCUAGGAGAAUGCUUGAGAUGCUGCGAGGAAAACGACUAGUGUUCGUCGGCGACUCCAUUAAUAGGAACCAAUGGGAAUCCAUGAUGUGCUUGCUGAGAACGGCAGUCUCAGAACCUGCAAGGAUUCAUGAAACUCGUGGCCGCAAGAUUACUAAAGAGAAAGGAGAUUACAACUUCAAGUUCUUGGACUACAAUUGCAGUGUGGAGUAUCAUGUGACACAUUUCUUGGUGCAUGAAGGCAAGGCACGAAUUGGCCAGAAGCGCACAAAGACACUACGGAUUGAUACUAUUGAUCGGAGCUCAUCAAGAUGGAGAGACGCUCAUGUGCUUGUGUUCAACACUGCUCAUUGGUGGUCGCAUCACAAAACAAAAGCUGGAGUGAAUUACUAUCAAGAAGGGGAUCACGUUCAUCCCCAUCUCGAUGCCUCUACAGCUUUCCAAAGAGCACUAACCACAUGGGCAUCAUGGAUCGAUCGCUACAUCAAUCCACGGAGAACUCAAGUGUUCUUCCGAAGCUCAUCCCCAUUUCAUUUCAGUGGUGGAGAGUGGAACUCAGGGGGACACUGCAGAGAGAGCACGCUGCCACUUAAUGACACCCGUGCACGGCCGGUACCUGAGAGAAACAUGAUCUUGGAACAAGUCGUGAAGCAAAUGAAGACUCCUGUGACAAUUCUGAACAUUACCAAUCUAUCUGGGCUCAGGAUAGAUGGCCACCCAUCUGUAUAUGGCCGGAAGGCAGUAGAUUUAACAGCAUCGAGAGUCCAGGAUUGCAGCCAUUGGUGCCUCCCUGGAGUCCCAGAUACAUGGAAUGAGCUCUUGUUCUACCGUCUAGUGUCCUCACAAGAAAAGUAUGUAACAAGUUAGUGACUUAACUAUUUGCCCCCUUACUUUUUUUCUUGUCUGAUGGGAUCCUUAUCUGUAAAUGUACUUUGAUUUGAAAAGAGAGCGCAAAUGUGCAA